GUAUGUUGUUAUGUUGAUUAAUUGAUCAAUUUAAAACCAGUUGCCAUAGAAAAUACACUACCGUGUUUAUUCAAUAUUUUUGAUAAACUUAAUAACCAGAAGCCAGUCAUUACUGAGAGAGUUGUUUUUAUCAAGAUAUACAUUUCGUAAUUCUGUUCGCCUUUAAAUAUUCUCUAUUCAGAAUUAUUGUUAUUUCUGACAAGUUAUGAGCAAAUUACCGAAAGAAACAGAGCUUAAAGAAAGUGAAAAAAAUAUUCGCAAACAAGCAAAGCAAAUUGUAGAGCGAAAAUAUUCAAAUGUUUUCAAAAGACCAACACAUUUAUUCAUGCACGAAAAAAACAUCUCCAAUAUCCCCGAACCAAAACAUCCAAGUAACAUAAUCUACGCUUAUUAUCACAACAAUAAAAUUGAAAAAAUUGAAAACAUCGAACUCUUAUACAAUCUGACGCAUUUACAUCUACAAUGUAACAGAAUAAGCAAAAUUGAAGGCUUACAGUGCCUUUAUAAAUUAAAAAAAUUGUAUUUAGGCAACAAUCGGAUUAAUGUUGUUGAGAAUUUGGAGAAUUUAAAAUAUUUAGAAGAACUACACGUUGAGAAGCAAAAUCCAGAAGGAUUUGAUGGAUUGUGUUUCGAUCCGAGGACUACUUUAUCUAUUGGCGCUUCUCUAAAGGUUUUAAAUGUAUCAGAGAAUAAAUUAACCGACGUAGCGUGGGUGAAGCCACUGCGACGUCUCGAGGUGCUGAUCGCUAAAAACAACAAACUCGAUGAUGUUAAAACAGUAGCUGAUGAUUUGUGCACACUGACCUCAUUGGUCGACGUAAAUUUUAUUGGAAAUCCCUUAACGAAGAAACAUAGAUAUAAAGAGACUUUAAUCGCUAGAUGCGCUCAAUUACGUAUAUUAGACACUGUCAUAAUUCAUACGAAAGCAAAGACAUUCCUCGAGAAUUUCGACAAAAUUAUUCGCCUGCGACAACUAAACGAACGCAACAGAAUCAGCAUGAGUAAGGAGGGCGUAGAUCAGUUCUUCGACUUGAACAUGCUUCCGGGACCAAGGGCGCAAAGUGCUCUGUCUAUUUCUGAGUAUUCGAAUCAGAAGCCUAAAGUUACGGCAAUAGAUUCGACCUACACGUUUAUGCCACGAGCUUUUUGGCGGUCACGUCCUGCGCCAGUGCCUUUCGAUAUAAUUCCAGAGAAAAAAGUGACAGUUUCAAUAACACCAAAUGGCUUAGCAGACGGUAUCACAAGUCAGUCUGGAGUUGAAUAUUUUGUGAUGCCGUGUGAGGAAGAAAUGACAAUGAGUGAGUUUUUGGCUACUUUGGAAAAUAAGAGGUCAAACUUCAUUACGUAUAUACAAAAACAAAAUUCAAAUUUGACUGAAGAUUUCUCUGAAUUGCUGGUUGAUGUAAAUCGUGAAAUACCGUUUGCGACUAAAGCAUUCAACAAGAGACCUGACGCUGUCAACUUUUGGAUGGGCGAUAAAAGAGCUGUUACUUCCAUGCACAAAGAUCCGUAUGAGAAUAUUUACUGCGUGAUAGAUGGAUACAAAGACUUCAUAUUGAUUCCACCGACAGACCUACCUUUCGUACCGUACAAAAAGUAUAAACAGGCAGAGUUCAAAAGGAACGGCUCUGAUUGGGAUAUAGUUCCUCUUAAUGACGGUGUGAACUAUGACCUGCCUUGGGUGUGUAUUGAUCCAAUGGACCCGGACUACGACCAAUAUCCCGAGUUCAAAAAAGCCCAUAUGUUCAAAGUCCGGCUGUACAAGGGCGACUCCUUGUACUUGCCCAGCCUCUGGUUCCACCACGUCAGGCAGAGCCACGGCUGCAUCGCGGUCAACUACUGGUACGACAUGGAGUUCGACGUCAAAUAUUGUUACUUCAAAAUGCUGGAGACAUUGUGCGCCAAGUAUUAAACCUGUUUUUUUUUUAUCUCAGCCACCGACUUCAUAUUAAAAACUUUUUUUUUUGUAUUAUACCGCAGCUAUAAUUGGUACUGGUGGUAGGACCUCUUGUGAGUCCGCGUGGGUAGGCACCACCGCCCCGCCUACUUCUGCCGUGAAGCAGUAAUGGGUUUCGGUUUGAUGGGUGGGGCAGCCGUUGUAACUAUACUUGAGACCUUAGAACUCAUAUCUCAAGGUGAGUGGCGCAUUUACGUUGUGGAUGUCUAUGGGCUCCAGUAACCACUUAACACCAGGUGGGCUGAGAUAUCGCCCACCCAUCUAAGCAAAAAAAAGAAGCAAAAGUCAUGAAAUCAAAUGUUUUGAUUUUUUGAACAUUUUGAUUAGUUUUUUUUUUUUCGGUAAACGUGAAAACUAUGGUUUUGUCAUCACAAACAGAACAUAGUAAGGCUGUACGGAAACUAUGUUCGAAACGAAAUGAGAUCAUAGUCCUGUGGCAAUGUCAUUAAAAAAAGUGUAUCAAGUGAGAAUUAUUAAAUGGCAGUCGUGAUAUAUAGGCACGUGAUACGGUUACCGCCAGAGCAGCGAGAUGAAAAUACAUUCGUAGCCACACAAAAAAAAAACCUAAUUUUUUCUCCUACCUACGCCGAAAGUUCGGUUUUCCUCCCGCUGUACAGGGAAGAAAGUCUAACUUUUCCUCCCUGGGUACUGACAAGUGUCAGCCCUCACGCAUCUAAAAUUCUCCGCCAUUGUUGUGCUCGGGUAAUUUGCAAUAUUGUGUUUAGUGUAAAAGUGAAAUAAACAAAAGGCAAUAAAAUUUAAUAGUGAAGUAUUAAGCAAAGAUGAGUUCAUCAGACAGUUCUUAUUGAAGUGAAACUUCUUUAUCGGCGUUGGAAAAAAAUUUACCGUCACAUUUUUCGGUUACGCGUCACAUUUUUCCGUUACGCGCCAUCUUUUUCUUCACCAUUCAUUGUUGCCGUACACAAGUGAAGGUGCCUCUUUACUCGGUAACAAUAAUUAUAAAAUACCGAUGAUUUUAAGUGGAGAUUUUAAUGUAAAUUUUGCAUCGGAAAAUUCUUUGAAGCUAGUUGAAUUUCUGAAAGAUAAAUUGAAUUUAUCCAUGAAAAACAGUCCUCAAACGUCAACAACAAGAUCUGGCACUACAAUUGAUGGAGUUUUUACUCGGUCACUAAAUUUUGUGGAAUGUAAACCAUAUAUUUCAUAUUUCAGUUACCAUAAGCCAUUAAUUACAAAAAUAUAUAAUGACAAUGACAAUGAUAGUAAUAAUUCUAUUACAAUUAAUGAAAUGCUGUAAUAAUCUUAGUAGCAAAAAGGUAAAGUGAAAUAAUUGUAUUAUUUGUAUUCAUGUCUAUGAUAAUAAAAUCCUUUUGUUUAAACUUUAUCUAAUUUAACUUUAUUUAACCAAUUUCUAGAAAGUUGCAUGUAGAUCAUUUUUCGAAAAAUAAGGCCAUAAACAAGUUUCACUUCUUACGUGUGUACACUAGUACACGCACACAUUUUUUCAAUUAGUAGUAGUUUAUUUAAAAAUUAAAAAACAGUAAAAUGGUUUUUUAUGAGUAUGGGGGGCUCCGCCCCCCUACCCCGGCCAGGGCUUCGCUCCUGGACCCCGGCUCGUUACUCCACGAACUUUCGGCCUGGUAGAAGAAAAAAUAGUAUGUGCACCGCGGGAAUAAAGUAGGACAUCUCAUCCCGCGUGUUUGCAAUUUUACACGCGGGAGGAAAUGUCCUACUUUUCUCCCUUGGUGCAAAAUGUACUAUUGAUACUUUUUUAAUCGUACAGUAUAGUAUGUAGUUAUUUACUAUAAUAAUAUACUAAAGUAAUACCAUAAGUUAGAUUUAUCAAUAAGUAAUAUAAUUAUAAAUCGUAAUGUACGUGCAAUUUUUAUUCAUUAUUAUCACUAAGAAGAGGGGGAAACUUAUGGAAUAAAUAAAAAAAAAUGUGAAAGCUAGUAGGUAUUCUAGUCAUUUUGUAUGUACCUAACCGUUUGCUUCCAUCUUUUGAACUAAUUAAAAGUAGAAAAAAAAACAUUUUAAUAAAAUAAUUGUCAACUA